CUCCUGAUUCUGUUGAGACUUUCCAACAGAACUGCAAUCCACACAGCGUGUUAUUCUCCUUGGUUAAAAGCGCUUUACUCAUGGAACGGAAGACAUAAACUGUCCAGAAAUGCGGGCUCUAGAAUCGAAACCAAUAAAAGGCUCAUAUUUUGGAUUAUAGAUUUUUAAAAUAUUUUUUACAGAGACAGCAGCGUGAGUGCAGUGAAUGGGUGUACAGCAGCUUAGUGGUCCGGCUGAUUAAGACUGCACAUCUUUUGGGGGUCUGCUUGGGACUGAGAAGAUGUAAGGAUCAACACGCUCUCUCCUCUUGGCUUUGAAACAACCAUGCAGAAAGGAAUUCGACUCAAUGAUGGCCAUGUUACCUACCUGGGUCUUUUGGCGAAAAAGGAUGGCACAAGACGAGGGUAUUUGAGCAAGAAGAGCUCCGACAACACAAAAUGGCAUACCAAGUGGUUCGCUUUGCUGCAGAAUAUGUUGUUUUAUUUUGAGAACGACUCCAGCUCCAGACCCGCGGGAUUGUACCUGUUGGAAGGAUGCGCUUGUGAUAGAGCACCCUCUCCUAAACCUUCUCUGUCAGCCAAGGAAUGUUUAGAGAAGCAGUACUACUUCACUGUUAACUUUAACCACGACAACCAGAAGGCACUGGAGCUGAAGACAGAGGAUGUCAAAGAUUGUGAUGAAUGGGUGGCAGCAAUAACACAUGCAAGCUACAGGAACCUUGCCACGGAGCACGAGUCACUCAUGCAGAAGUACCUCCAUUUGCUGCAGAUUGUAGAGACAGAGAAAACAGUUGCUAAGCAACUACGACAACAGAUAGAAGAUGGGGAAAUAGAGGUAGAACGCCUGAAAGCCGAGAUUGGAGGUUUGCUCAAAGACAACGAGCGCAUUCAGUCUGACCCGACUACUGCACCCAGCGACGAUGACUCUGACAUCAAGAAAAUCAAAAAGGUACAGAGCUUCCUGCGGGGCUGGAUGUGCCGGAGGAAGUGGAAGACAAUCAUCCAGGACUACAUCAGGUCUCCCCACGCCGAGAGCAUGAGGAAGAGGAACCAGGUGGUGUUCAGCAUGCUGGAGGCAGAGGCGGAGUAUGUUCAGCAGCUGCACAUCCUGGUCAACAACUUCCUGCGGCCGCUGCGUAUGGCUGCCAGCUCCAAGAAACCUUCCAUCACCCACGACGACGUCAGCAGCAUAUUCCUGAACAGUGAAACAAUCAUGUUUUUGCACCAGAUAUUUUACCAAGGACUAAAAGCAAGAAUAGCAAGCUGGCCAACGUUAGUACUAGCUGACCUCUUUGACAUCCUGCUGCCCAUGCUGAAUAUUUACCAGGAGUUUGUGAGAAACCACCAGUACAGCCUGCAGAUCCUGGCACACUGCAAGCAGAACCGAGACUUCGACAAGCUGCUCAAGCAAUAUGAGGCCAAGCCCGACUGUGAGGAGAGGACUCUGGAAACCUUCCUGACCUACCCCAUGUUUCAGAUCCCCAGGUACAUUCUGACUCUGCAUGAGCUCCUGGCUCACACCCCGCAUGAGCACGUAGAGAGGAACAGCCUGGAGUACGCCAAGUCUAAGCUGGAGGAGCUCUCAAGAAUCAUGCACGACGAAGUGAGCGAGACGGAAAACAUCCGGAAGAACCUGGCCAUCGAGCGAAUGAUCGUGGAAGGGUGCGAGAUCCUCCUCGAUACCAGCCAGACGUUUGUCAGACAAGGUUCUCUCAUCCAAAUACCGAUGAGCGAAAAGGGUAAAAUCACCAGAGGGAGGCUGGGGUCCCUGUCUCUCAAGAAGGAAGGGGAAAGGCAGUGCUUUCUGUUCUCCAAACAUUUAAUCAUCUGUACCAGAGGAUCGGGAGGGAAACUCCACUUAACAAAGAACGGAGUUAUCUCACUCAUUGACUGCACCUUGAUGGAGGAACCAGAGGGCACCGAUGAGGAGUCAAAACCAGACAAAUCCGGACAAGACAUGGAGCACUUGGACUUCAAAAUCGUUGUUGAACCAAAAGACACACAGUCGUUCACUGUCAUCCUGGUAGCGUCCUCACGUCAAGAGAAAUCCGCAUGGACAAGCGACAUCAGCCAGUGCAUAGACAAUAUCCGAUGCAAUGGUUUGAUGAUGAAUGCAUUCGAAGAAAACUCAAAGGUGACCGUUCCACAGAUGAUCAAGUCCGACACCAGUCUGUACUGCGACGACGUUGACAUUCGCUUCAGCAAGAUGAUGAACUCCUGCAAGGUCCUGCAGAUCCGCUAUGCAAGCGUGGAGCGGCUUCUGGAGAGACUGACAGACCUGAGGUUUCUCAGCAUAGACUUUCUCAACACCUUCCUGCAUUCAUACAGGGUGUUCACCACGGCCGAAGUGGUGCUGGACAAGCUCAUCACCAUUUACAAAAAACCCAUCAGUGCAAUACCUGCAAGGUCUCUGGAGCUGUUUUUCGCCAGCAGUCAAAACAAUAAGCUUCUGUAUGGAGAGCCUCCCAAGUCCCCAAGGGCCAGCCGCAAGUUCUCCUCCCCUCCCCCUCUGUCCAUCACCAAGACAUCGUCCCCCAACCGCCGGAGGAAGCUCUCCCUGAACAUCCCCAUCAUCACCGGGGGCAAGGCGCUGGACCUGGCUGCCCUGAGCUGCUCCUCCAAUGGCUAUGCAAGCAUGUACUCUUCCAUGUCCCCAUUCAGCAAGACCAGCUUGGACAUCAACAAGCUGUAUGUGUCCAGCUCUGUCCCCAACAAGAUCCCCGAUGAAGCUGAAACCAAAACGGACAAGCCAGACGAGCCUUCCUGCAAUAAGCAAGAAGUAUCGGUGAGAGAAGAAUCUGAUAAUGACCCAAUCCAGAGUGACGAAGCUGAAACAGAGACGUCACCAACAAAGUCUCCGACAACUCCCAAAAACGUCAAAUGCAAAAACUCUUCAGACUUCUCCUUGUUUUCCUAUAACAAUGGCGUGGUGGUGACAUCCUGCCGAGAGCUCGACAACAAUCGCAGUGCGCUGUCGGCUGCCUCUGCUUUCGCCAUAGCAACAGCGGGGGCCAAUGAAGGCACGCCCACAAAGGAAAAAUACAGGAGGAUGUCACUGGCAAGUACAGGGUACCCCACUGACCAGAGGAACGGGGACAAGGAGUUUGUGAUCAGGAGAGCUGCGACGAACCGAGUCCUGAACGUUCUGCGACACUGGGUCUCCAAACAUGCACAGGACUUUGAAUCCAACAGUGAAUUGAAGUUUAAGGUGAUCAGUUUCCUGGAGGAGGUGAUUCACGACCCCGAGCUUCUGACCCAGGAGAGGAAAGCAGCUGCCAACAUCAUCAGAACGUUAACUCAGGAAGACCCCGGAGACAAUCAAAUAACCCUGGAGGAGAUUGUGCAGAUGGCGGAAGGUGUUCAAUCUGAACCGUUUGAUAACCACUCUGCCCUGGAGAUCGCUGAGCAGCUGACCCUGCUGGACCAUCUCGUUUUCAAGGGGAUCCCAUACGAGGAGUUUUUCGGUCAAGGUUGGAUGAAGCCUGAUAAAAACGAGAGGACUCCCUACAUCAUGAAAACCACCAAACACUUCAAUCAUAUCAGCAACUUGAUAGCCUCAGAGAUUCUGCGGUCGGAAGACGUGAACGUGCGCGUGACUGCGGUGGAGAAGUGGGUGGCCGUGGCUGAUAUCUGCCGCUGUCUGCACAACUACAACGCCGUGCUGGAGAUCACCUCCUCAUUGAACCGCAGCGCCAUCUUCAGGCUGAAGAAAACCUGGCUCAAAGUCUCCAAGCAGACAAAAGCUCUGAUUGACAAGUUACAGAAGUUGGUCUCAUCCGAGGGCAGGUUUAAGAACCUCCGAGAGGCUUUGAAAAAUUGUGAUCCUCCGUGUGUGCCGUACCUGGGCAUGUACCUGACAGACCUGGCCUUCAUCGAGGAGGGGACACCCAACUACACUGAGGACGGGCUGGUCAACUUCUCCAAAAUGAGGAUGAUCUCCCAUAUUAUUAGAGAAAUCAGGCAGUUCCAGCAGACAGCCUACAAAGUUGAACACCAGCCCAAGACAACAGAGUAUUUGCUGGACAGUAGUGCUGUGCUGGAUGAAGAAAGUCUUUAUGAAGCCUCCCUGAGAAUAGAGCCCAAAUUGCCUACCUGAAGGGAGGACGGAUGAUAUCCCCGCAGCUAACAAACUGUACAAAUACUAUAUGAUAUGUACAUAAUCUAUUAUUUGUAUUAGACUGCUUAGACAUAUCCUUCUAGUAGGUGUUUCUGCAAGGAGCUGCGUGCUCUUGUUAUUAGAAGUAAACUAGAAGCCUAACACAAACUUUAUAUGUAUGGGUACAGAGGUUUGGGGGGAAAAAUACACUUAGAAGCUUAUUUGUUCUUUACUAUCGUUUUGUCUGCAUUUAUCAUAUAUUAUCUAGUUGUUUUCUACAAUAAUAAAACCAGGCUACCAGGAAAAAGGAAAACGACGAGCGGUCACUGAGUCCCCAAAAUUUCGAGGCUUGGCAUGCAUAAAGGUGUAUUUAAUACUAAACCAUUCUGAGAGGAGGUUUCAAACUCUUUUUUGAACGUCUUUCUAUAGAUGAAAUCCAGCACUUCCAGUAAGAUUUGAAGGAGAGCACCGGGUUCAAACACACGGCCCGUUAACUAGGGAGAGUCAGGGAGGAUUUACUCGUACACAGCCCGUUAACUAGGGAGAGUCAGGGAGGAUUUACUCGUACACGGCCCGUUAACUAGGGAGAGUCAGGGAGGAUGUACUCGUACACGGCCCGUUAACUAGGGAGAGUCAGGGAGGAUUUACUCGUACACGGCCCGUUAACUAGGGAGAGUCAGGGAGGAUGUACUCGUACACGGCCCGUUAACUAGGGAGAGUCAGGGAGGAUGUACUCGUACACGGCCCGUUAACUAGGGAGAGUCAGGGAGGAUUUACUCGUACACAGCCCGUUAACUAGGGAGAGUCAGGGAGGAUUUACUCGUACACAGCCCGUUAACUAGGGAGAGUCAGGGAGGAUGUACUCGUACACGGCCCGUUAACUAGGGAGAGUCAGGGAGGAUUUACUCGUACACAGCCCGUUAACUAGGGAGAGUCAGGGAGGAUUUACUCGUACACGGCCCGUUAACUAGGGAGAGUCAGGGAGGAUGUACUCGUACACGGCCCGUUAACUAGGGAGAGUCAGGGAGGAUUUACUCGUACACAGCCCGUUAACUAGGGAGAGUCAGGGAGGAUUUACUCGUACACAGCCCGUUAACUAGGGAGAGUCAGGGAGGAUGUACUCGUACACGGCCCGUUAACUAGGGAGAGUCAGGGAGGAUUUACUCGUACACAGCCCGUUAACUAGGGAGAGUCAGGGAGGAUUUACUCGUACACAGCCCGUUAACUAGGGAGAGUCAGGGAGGAUUUACUCGUACACUGCCCGUUAACUAGGGAGAGUCAGGGAGGAUUUAUUCGUACACAGCCCGUUAACUAGGGAGAGUCAGGGAGGAUGUACUCGUACACGGCCCGAUAACUAGGUAGAGUAAGGGAGGAUUUACUCAUUCAUUUCAUUUGCUCCUCACAAGCGCUGCAGAAAUGUAAGAUUUUUUUUUUUAAAGAAGUAAAAUUGAGAAGUUAUAUGACGGUUACCCAAAAGAUCAUCCGGAGAGGUCAAGACUAUUUAAAGACAUUCACAGCUUGAUGUAAUCAGAUGCAAGCACAGAAUUGCGACAGCAGUAUAUGAACUAUAAUCAUUUCCACCAUGAAGAGAAUCUCACUGAAGAAAAACUAAAUUUUGAUGGUCCCUGGAAUGUUAAAGAAGCUGUAUGUGACCUGACCUGUACAGCAUGGGGGGUCUAUAAUCAUAUCAUUCAAAUCAACUGCAUUGAUAAUGUAUUACAAAAAGGGGAAAAUACUUUGUGGAGGACAUGUCUAAAGACGCAGCAUUUCUUGUUUUGGCAAUAAUGAAGUUCUUGAAUGUUGAUGAAUUCAAUAUGUUAUUGUGUUUUUGAGAAAAACAAUAAGAAUCAGCAAAUCUUUCAGUAACUUUGCCACCGUAUGCCAUCUGGUUAUUUAUUUGCUAUCUGUGUUUAUUGAUUAGUUGAUUUAUUUUUGUUCUUUGGUGCUGUUUCAGCAGAGCAGAAUCAAAUGUGCUGACAAACAGGAAGAUUAAUUAAGGAGUGAAGUGUUCAGAAAGGUACUGAGCUGUUCUGUUUGUGGAAGUGAAUCCACUGAGACGCAUUAUAGUCACAGCAAAUCUGUUCUUCCUAGUGUGCCAAUGACCAGGAACCAGUACGACUAAAUCUGUUGUACUAGCUGAAAAGAAACGGGGCAGAGCUUUGCAGCUUGCACAAUUUAUAAAGGUAUUUUUGUAAAGUAGCCCAAACAAGAGUCUUAGCAGAAGGGAUACUGCAUCUUUGAGGAUAUAUGAAUAUAUGGGAAAAUCGGUAUUUUGUAGAAACUUUAACAAUUCUCCUGAAGGGUGUGUAUGCUGUAUAUUUUCUACAUGCAGCCUUAUCUAUUACUUAAUGUGUAACAUUGUAAAGCACUUUCUUUACAGCAUUAUAUCCUAGUAACAAGCUUACUUACCUAAAAUUGCUAAACAAUGUGUGAUAUUUAGUACCACAACUUUAGAAGUAGAAAAUAACAUAGACUGUAAUUUAAUUUAAUUUAAUAAAUUACAUAUACUGUAAUCCUGUCUGGAAUCACUCUUCUAACAGGACUAUAGUAAUGUAGUGCUUAUUCUGUGAAUAUUUGUAUGUAUUUUUACCAUGUACAGUAUAGAAACACACUAAAUUAUUAAGCGGCAGGCAUGCUCCACUAUAUCAAACCGAAAAAAAACAACAACAAAAAAAAAUAACAAAAAAAAAUAUAUAUAUAUAUACUUUUUUUUUUGCUGUGAGCAAUACCCAGUGGUAUGAGAAUUCUCUUUCAGUCCUGAAGUUUAUUUCCACUUACAGCUCAUUUGGAAAAUACUUUUUGUUUUCCAGUUUUUGUAUAAAUAUGUAUGUUUCCUGAUUACCUCUUGCUAAUAAAUCUAUUCUAUCUCAGGG